UGAACACUUCACAUCCUCGUGCCAAUACCUUCUUCAAACCUUUUACUCUGGAGAAGCCCGUCCUACCGACUCAUAUCGAGUCCUAUCUAGUCUAUGCCCCCUCACCAUUCAGAGCAUGUCCUUCGCACAGGAGCUGGCGUCGUGGAUGGCCCCGGCCAAGCUGGACCUCAGCACACCUCCUAAAGCAGGACAUCCCGCCCCGAACGCCGAGCUGAUGGGGUUCCCUAGGGCCGACGGGCGGCCUGCCGUCGUCGUGUUCCUGCGACACUGCGGCUGUCCAUUCGCCGAGAAGUCCUUCAUCGUCCUCCGCGACGCCGCCUCCAGGAACCCGCGCGUCGCCUUCGUCGCCGUCUCCCACUCGUCCGAGUCGCACACCAAGAAGUGGGUGUCGGAGAUCGGCGGCCCCGGGAGCGAAAACCCGGUUGAGGUGGUCGUCGACGAGGACCGGCGCGUCUACGCCGCGUGGGGGCUGGGCGCGUCGGGGUUCAUGCACGUCCUCGCCCCGAGCGCGCUGGCGAGCGUCUUCCGGCUGUCGCGGGAAGAAGGGAUCGUCAACCGGCCGACGGAGAGCGGGAGCCGGUGGCAGACGUCCGGGGCGUGGGCCGUGGAUGGGGAGGGCAGGUUGACCUGGGGCGGGCCGGCGCAGACGGCGCCCGAGAUUCCUGAUGUCAAGGAGGCGCUGUCAUCUCUGGGUCAGUAAGACGCCAUGUUCGUUCUUUGUCUUCACAGGUAGACCGGUCUUCCAUGACCUUUUGUUAUUACAAUUUUCUUUUACAAUUUUUUUAUCUUUAUU